AGACGACCAAUUAGUGUAAUGUAGCCUCUAAGAACCGUCUUAUAGACUUUUUUGACAAUUUCGCUUCCUUUUCCGGUCUAAAUAUAAACAUGGCGGACACAACAAAGGACAAAGAGAAGAAUCCUAUGCGUGACUUGCGCAUAGUGAAGCUGUGUUUGAACAUUUGUGUGGGGGAGUCUGGUGACAGGCUGACCCGCGCUGCCAAGGUGCUGGAGCAGCUUACCGGCCAGCAACCAGUCUUCUCUAAAGCCCGUUACACAGUGCGAUCAUUCGGUAUCCGCAGAAACGAGAAGAUUGCUGUUCACUGUACCGUGCGAGGGCCCAAGGCAGAGGAGAUCCUGGACAAAGGACUGAAGGUGCUUGAGUACGAGUUGAGGAAGAACAAUUUCUCCGAGACUGGCAACUUUGGGUUUGGUCUCCAGGAGCACAUUGAUCUCGGUAUCAAGUACGACCCCUCCAUCGGUAUCUACGGUUUGGACUUCUACGUGGUCCUUGGACGUCCAGGAUUCAACAUUUCCCAGAGACGAAGGAAGACCAGCAAGAUCGGCCUGAAGCACAAAGUCACCAAGGAAGAGUCCAUGAAGUGGUUCCAACAGAAGUAUGACGGGAUCAUUCUUCCAGGGAAAUAGACUGUUACUUUAUGUGCUGUAGAAAUAAAAAGGUCGUCAAAGAGAAACAAAAGUGUUGUGUUGUGUAGCGUUGUGCAUAGUAUCAAUGAGUGAAUGUGUUCCAUUGUGAAUAGAAAUAGGUUCAGUCAAACAUGAUGUGCGCAGAAUAUGUUGUUCUGUUACAAAUAAACAACUCGUUAAGUUACCAAUAAACAUCACAUGAAGUUUGAAAGCUGUCAAAUAUAGUUCACGUUCUACCAUAACUGGCAGAAUCUGUUCUCAUACCAUGUAAGAAUAGAAUUAAAUUUGAUUGAGAUGCUUA